ACACUAAUAUAAACAACAACUUUACGGCAGUGAGUAUGGCGUCUCACUUCAGCGGUGUCCUGCAGCUGACAGAUCUCGACGAUUUUAUCAACCCGUCGCAGGAAUGUGUCAAACCAGUCAAAGUAGAGAAGAAUAAAGGUAAAUCUGUGGCCAAAAUACAGAUAGAGGAUGAUGGAAGUUAUGUGCAAGUCAACCAGGAUGGAGGAAAACAGAAGCUGGAGAGAGCAAAGAUCACGCUAAACGACUGCUUGGCCUGCAGUGGCUGCAUCACUUCAGCCGAGAGCGUCCUGAUCACUCAGCAGAGCCACGAGGAGCUUUUAAAAGUGCUGCGGAACAACAAGACCAAAGAGACGGAGCAGAAGACUGUAGUGGUGUCGGUAUCGCCCCAGUCCAGAGCCUCCCUUGCAGCACAUUACAACCUCAGCAGUAGUGAGGCUGGCAGAAAGCUCACUUCUUUCCUCAAAGGCCUUGGUGUUCAUCAUGUGUUUGACACCAGCUUCAGUCGAACGUUCAGCCUGCUGGAGAGUCAGAGGGAGUUUGUGGAUCGUUUCAGUCGGAAACAACAGGACAGCAAAGCUGUGCCCAUGCUGACGUCCGCCUGCCCAGGAUGGAUCUGUUAUGCAGAGAAGACUCACGGCGACUAUAUUCUCCCGUACAUCAGCACCACUCGCUCUCCACAGCAGAUGAUGGGCUCUCUGGUGAAAAGCUAUUUUGCUGAACAGCAGGGUCUUAGUCCACAGCAGAUCUACCACGUGGCUGUGAUGCCCUGCUUCGACAAGAAACUCGAGGCAUCACGCUCCGACUUCUACCUGAGCAAAGCCGAGACCCGAGAAGUGGAUUGUGUCAUCACUUCAGGAGAGGUUCAGAAAAUGUUGGAGGAGCAGAAUGUGUCUCUUUCUGAUGUUGAGCCUGCAGCCCUGGACACAAUGUUCAGCAGUGUGUGUGGGGAUGAGUUCCUGAGCCAUGCUGGGAGUGGUUCGGGAGGUUACCUCCAGCAUGUGUUCACGUAUGCUGCCAAGCAGCUGUUUGGGGAGGAGGUGAAAGAACUCACCUACAAGACGCUCAGGAAUAAAGACUUCCAGGAGGUGAGACUGGAGAAAGACGGUGCCGUCCUGCUGUGUUUCGCCUCAACUUAUGGCUUCCGCAACAUUCAGAACCUCGUGCAGAAACUCAAGAGGGGAAAGUCGCCCUACCACUUUGUGGAAGUUAUGGCCUGUCCGUCAGGCUGUCUAAAUGGUGGUGGGCAAGUGAGGCCCUCAUCCAGUCAAAACCAAAAGGAGCUUCUCCAACAAGUCGAGGAACUCUACAAGGCAGAGCGUCCCCUGUUGCCAGAAAACGACACCCGCGUGGCUGAGUUGUAUGAAAGCUGGCUUCACACCCUGGGAGCAGAGAGAGCCAAAGAGCUGCUACACACACAGUUCCACGCUGUGGAGAAAAUGACCAACGGGCUCACUAUAAAGUGGUGAUCUGUGCUCUUGUCUAGCCAAGAUGAUGUUUGCAGACUUUAGUUUUGCAUUCAGCUUUGGUCCUGACAGAGAUGCACAUUUUUGAUUGUUCUUUUAGGUCUUUUUUUCCUGUGGGCCUAGUAGGGUGGAAUACCAGAUUAUAAACCAAUGCUUCUGCACUAAAUAAGUGCAACUGUCUACCCAUUGUCCUCUUAAUUAGCUAGUGAUGUAUUUUGUGUGCAACCUGUUACACUCUGAACAUGUCAUUUCCAAUCAUAAAUAGGUAAAAUAUGAUCACUCUUUGUUAAUUUGUGUAAUUUAUGUAAAUUUGCACAGUUUGAAAACAAAAUAAACAAUUAUUUAAUUAUUCCAGUGUUGCGUACCAAAGUGUGCUCUAGUCUGCUUUUGAGCAAGAGUGACCCUGAUGCAGGAAUUAGGUUGUUUUCUGCUUUUCCUGAGGAAAUGUAGAAACCAACCUAAUAAGAAUUAGGAAAGUAUAUGCCCCUUUUUUAAAAUAAAGAAUCUAGGCAAUAUUUUUAAAUUUUUCCAGAUUGAUGCAACUUUGAGAUCACAUUUCUUCAACAAUCAGACUACUUUGUUCAUUUUAUUCAAACAUGGCAUGUUUAGCUGCUGGUAGAACAAAAAACAACUCACAAUGACUUUACUUCUGCAGCUUAAAAAAUACUUUUUUGAGAACUUCUAACUUGACAAUUUUGACCCCACAUGGAUAAAGUUUGGGCACCUUGGAAAAAACAGUAUUCUCACACAACAAAGCUAGUGUUUGUGCCAUUCACAUCUGGAAACAUCUGAAUUCAGAUAAUUUCAUAUUUAGAGGUCCUACUGUAAAUUGCUACACAACAAUUAUAUUUACCUGUAAUUUACUGUUAAAUUCAGUGAAGUUUUCUAUAUUUUAUCCAUGUACAAAAAUGUGAAUAGCCAACAUUUACUGUACCUCUCGUGAGCAACAUUCUAUAUGUUUUUGGAAGCAAUAGAAAUUUUUUAUUUGCAUUAAAUAAAAGCAAUCC